GUUGGCUCGGCGACGGCGCACCACCUUGUCGACGCUGGGAGGGCCACCUGGCUACACCGAGAUGUCGGGCCCCAACUUCGCGCUGUUCGAGCCACUGAGUAACACGCGGCGCUCUCCCAAGUUUCUGGUCUCGAGCGCCUCCGAGUCCCUGCUGACCGCCCUGCGGCUUGAGGGUGCCCCCGAGAGGACCACCUGGCACCCGAGCAGGCUGGAGGAAUGCGGCAACCCCUUGUUCCGGCUGCGCGCGAUGGAGCUGCCGAAGGAGCCGCCGCCGCUGGAGAAGAGGUCCCCGCUCCUGGCCCGCAAGAACGGGCACGAGGAGUGGAGGAACCGCCAGGAGCUCGAGCGGAUGGGCUUCGGCAGCCGCGGCCGCGCACCCGGAUCCCUUCCGCAGCUCGCCAGCGAGGCGGCGAAACCCGAGGCGAAGCAGCCGCCGAAGAACCGCGCGGAACGCUAUUUCCAGCUGCUGAUGAAGGCCCACGACCAGCGGGAGCAGGGCUGGAGAGACGCGACUGUCGCGAAAGAGAACGCCAGGAAAGAGCUUGCCGCCACCAGGGCGUUGCAACGGGCGAUCGAGGCAGAGGGCGGCACCGUGGAGGAGACGCGGCCCCCGUCCACGGCCUCCUCGCUGUCCAGCGGCGAGAACGACAGGAAAAAGGAGGAGGAGGAUUCCGACUUGGAUGAGCCGCUCGAGCUGCAGCCUUACGACGGCGCGAUGAAGUUGCAGAUCGAUGUCGUCGUAAACCGCGCGCCUGGCGAGGUGGAGGAGGAGGAUUGCGACAGCGCCGACAGCAGCAAAGGAGAUGGCGAAGGCAGCAAGGAGGGCAGCGACGCGGGGGACAGCAGCGAUGGAGAACGCUUGAACAUCGCGGACGAGCUGGCGCAGCUGCGGGAGUUCGCAGAUCCCGACGCGCAGUCCGACUCUGUCGCGGACGACAAGAGACUCGGGUCCAAGAAGAAGCGUAUCAAGAACGUCUGGGAUGCACCCGAUCCCCGCUGGGCCCUCGGCCUCGGCGGCACUGUUUUCUUCAUGCCCGAGGCCGAGCGCUACUCGCUGGGGCCCUCCCUGCCGCCGCCGCCGCCUCCCAGCCUCGUGGGCCGGCGGCGCAUCCGGAUGAAGCCCCGCCUGCCGCUGGACAUCUCGAGCGGCCGCUACCGCGACGAGCACCCGAACGUCUGGCCGGAGGGGGUCCCCGCGGCGACCGCGAAGGACAGACUCAGGCUCGAGAGGAAGCUCAUGACUUUCGAGUUCUACCAGGGCUGCAGCCAGUCGAUGGCGGACCUGCAGCGGCCGGCGGGCCCGGUGGGCACUCCCAAGCGCCAGCAGCUCUCGCCCGAGCAGGCCUUCAGCAGGAGCGUGUGGAAGCACGCGCAGUCGGGCACCGGCUGGGAGACCAACCGCCGGCGCGAGCAGGUCAAGUUGAAGCGGCAGGCCGACAGGCAGAAGCAGAUCGAGUUCGCCGAGCUGCAGGCCGCCCAGCUGCAGGAGAGGCAGGACCAGGCACGCCAGUUCGAGCGGGUCAGGAGGCAGAGCGUGGAGAUGGCCGAGGCGGCCGAGGCCCAGGUCGAGGCUGCCCCGGCUCAGGGCGAGGCCGCCGCCGUGGUCCAGGCCGAGGCCUGA